AUGCACCAAACAAAGCAGUUUCUGGAAACAUUUGCUAUGGACACGGAGAUGGCAGACACCGAUGCACCCAGUGGUUUACUUGGCAGGGUAGGUUCUAACACAAUAGCUCCUAGUAGUGUGAAACCUCACAGACUUGCCACUACGGUUGACCAAAGGCAUACGUCAAUCCGUUCACAGUUAGACCGUCUAGCUAAUUCUUCUAUCGGUGGAGCCUCACGCAUGUUGGCCCCGCUUGUGCGUCCUAGUGAUGGCAACGUCAUGGAUCCUUUGCGUAUGCUCCAUAAGUGCAUUCGUUAUUUUGCAAGUCAUCCCGAAAUUUAUGGAACUAACCUUAAUGCCUUGUUGGACCGCGAACUCAUGUAUGUCAUGCGAGUAAAAGCCUCUGAGGCGGCGCUUCUUGCCCCAGGGAUGGUUCCUGUUUUUGCUUCCUCAUUACCAGCCAUCAAUACUUCCAAAACAAAGGGUGCUAAGCUUCGACACCCUGCCUUAGAGAAGUGCGCAGGGUGGAUGGUCACCCCGCGUUCGAUUGAGGCCGCUGUUUCUGCGGGCACAGUCGUCAGAGGUGGUGGGAUGUUUGGAUUUGGAGCCACAAGCUUUGUGGAGGGCACUCCUGGUUUUUUUUCGCUUCUUGAUAAGGCGAGUCGACGCGUGGAGCUGCACGAGGAACGUGUCCCGGCUGAGGUCUCUGAGAUUGAGGGUGGUAGUUCCUGCCAUACGUCUAGCGCCACUGAUUUUUCGCAUUUAGAGAGGAGCGUUUCUUCUCAGGAAAAACCUCUUCAGCAAGACGCCGCACGCGUGCGAUUUAUUUCGUCUUCUGAAGAAUUUCCUUUAUCUUCUGUUUCUGGGCGCCCGCAAGCCGAUGCUGGCCCAAUGCUACUUGUUGAUGGAACAAGCUACGAAGUGUCCUUCCUGCGAUCGCAACUGCAGCAGGUAGAGGCAGCGUACAAUGCCAAGUGCAUUUUACAUCAUGAGUUACAGCAGGAAAACACGCAACUGAAGUCGCAGCUAAAUGUGAUAGAGAAAAAAAUGCAGCAGUAUCAAUCACGUAAUCAGGAGAUGCGAGUACAAAUGGAGAGCAUGAAAAGAGAACUGGAUGCUUGGAAGCAGCGUGCCAGUGAGUUGAAUAUUUCUGGACAGAACGACAACCCUCAGAGUUCUUCUGAAAGUUCACGUCGUAUGCAAUCCAUGCAGCUUGGUCAGGCAAAGCGUGAGUUGUUGCACAUGUCGCGUCUUUGGCGAGAGACAGAGAAAUCUUUGCAGGAAACUAAAAGGGCCCUGGAAAGUGCUGAAAAUGAGGCACAACUUUCACACAGCUAUCUGGAGGAUGCGUUUUACUUAAUUGAGCGCCUGGAGCGACGAAUUGUGCGGCGCGACCAUUACAUCGAGAUACAAGGACGACGUCAGGCUUCUUCAGAAGAAAAGUGUGAAAAACUUAUGUGGUGUCUUGAGGAGCUGCGUACUAUAAAUGGAGGGAGUUCCUACGUGGAUUACCUUCUCUCUCAGGACGAUGUGUGGUCAUUAUUUCUUUUUGUGCGUCUGCAGCGACGUUUUAUGGGAUACGCUCAAGUUGAAGAAACGGUUCCAGUUAAUGUGGAACCACUUUUCUUCCAACGCACACCACUUGGCGGUCAAUUUGUUGAUAUGUACAGUCCAAGCCUUCUACUACGACUCGUGACAGAUUCAGGCUUGGGAAAAACAGGAAAUAUGAAUAAGGUGUCUACAGUAAAAUUGAGGACUCAUCUACCGCGCUGGCGUGCUAUGUAUACUAUUGAUUUUAUGCCCAUCAACGGUGUUGAGAGCUCAGACAUUAAUACUGCAGAAGGUACAGUGACGCGCAUUGGGAAUUCGCGUCGUUCUUUUCCUGUUCUUUCACUGACAUCCCUUCUUCUUCCACAGCAAAACUCUACCUUGAUGGGUGGCUUUCAUGAGGAUGAGAAGGUGCCAAACACGGCACACUAUGAUAAAGCGACUCUUCGUCUGGUAUUAUAUUCCUUUUGGAGUGAGCGGUUGCUUCAGUACAAAAAAGAAAUGGAGAGGCGUCUGAGGGAGUUAAAGGCAUCACGCCAUGUAUUGACUGGGCCUCUUCCUGAGGAAGCAGGCACAACAGAUGAUGAUGAAGUGGAGAGUACAUCAUUUUAUCCAGCAACAUUUCUGGCUGCGCUAGUUGAUUUUGUGCAUCGCACUUAUCCGCCAAGCACGACACCAGCAGAUACUUCAAUGGAUAAACCGAAGAGAAUUGUGGUGAGGGGCCAGGCAGGUAGAAGCGAACGAGCUUUAGACGGCGGACACUUUCUUUUUGCCUCUAUUAUCUCUAUUCAAAGCGAUGGCACAGAAGUACCUUUGAUACUCUCAACCCAGGCUCGUGAGCUACUAUUUGCACUAUACUAUUAUGCUGAAGAAUACAAGGAGGUGGAUGCAGACUUUCGACUAUUUUAUCUUACUGCCCAUCAGCAAAUUCCAGAAAUUGUGGGUGUUAAUUUUUGGGCUAGCCUAGAGGCUUUACGCAAAGAUUUUGAAAACGCCCUUUGUCGUCAUCUGGGUUUUCAAUCGUUGGAUGAAUCCGAAUUGGGCAUUACGACGGACCAUGAUGCAAUGCCGCAGGAGAAGGUGGUUGAACACAAAAUUAUUGAUGAAACUCCAUUUCACGCCUUGAAUAAAGCCGUGAAUAUUAUUGAUACAGCCCCCCUGGUGGAACAGAGCACCUGCAUGGAGCCCGAUAGCGAUGAGGAGGGAUAUGGUCUCAUCUUAGCAGGGAAUCAGACAAACAAUGGUCCACUGGGAUCCCAGCAGGGGCGGGUGGAUGAGCCUAAAAAGGUUGAUUCCAACACCUUAAAACACAAUAUUCGUGAUUAUUUAUUUCCUCCUCCUGAGGAAGAGUCUGCCUCACCUACAACACCGGCGAAAAGUGUGAUGAAGGAUUCUUCAGUAACGGACACAGAUGCUUGUACAACCAAGAAGGGGGAAAUUCCAGCGGCGUGGGUGACUCUUGAUGAAAGACUUGGAGCCAUUUUGGGUCCACAUGCGUCCUUAUUGAAGGCUUUUAGGGCGAAUAAGGGCCCAGAUAUAUCCAAAGAGCAACGAUGCAGGCGCCAGCGUUUUAAGAAAGAAAUUGUGUCCAACUCAGCAUCACGUGGUCUUCUUCCUUUUGAUGAAGUUUUGGAAUUAAUGUAUAAGCAUUGCUUUGCUACGUAUGCUGUUUCCUGUUGUGGCGGGGCACGUUUCUCGCUUGUAGAGGCCUUAACACAAUCUGGAGAUAGCGAUAUUGUGGAUGGCAUUUUAAAUUCACCAGAACACCUCACAAAGGUGGGUUGGCUUCCUCCCUCAGAAACACAGAUGCGACGUUUGCGAUUUGCUAUAGGAAUGGAUCAGCCAUCCCCGCUUUUGCGUUUUACGGAUUUUUUUGAUGUAGAUUCCCGUCACGGCGUACCCACACAUUUCCAUGAUGAGUAUCUGCAAAUAACAUUGGAUACAUAUAUGCAGCAUCAAGAGGCAUGGAUGAAUACUCUUUUGAGGUAUGUUGUUUCGAGCGAUGAUGCAGAGUCUCUGCGGGGUAUUGAUGAAUCAGAUACGACUGUCCCUUUUCCACUCAUUCGAAACGGUGUUUUACGCGUAUUUCGUCAAAUAUUACAGAGUCCUGAACAGGGCAAUACGCUUGCGAAGCAUUUUCUCAAUUACUGUAAUUUGCUGCGCGAUGAGGAGGAUAUUUGUCUUGAGCAAUUUACGGACGCUCCCAUUUUUAUCAACAGCCGUUCACUAUCUCAGUCGGAAUGCGAUGUCAAAUUUAACAGGAAUCAGAAAAGACGAUGGCCUGUUGAAGAAGAGUCUGCGUCUUGCUCUCUCUUGCAUUUAUCGUUAGCAGUUCGCAUGACCUACAUUAUAUGGGGUUCAUAUUCGCUUCCAUCCGCGAGAUUGGCAGGGCUGGUACUCUCUUCGACCUCCAGCGAUGAGCUAAGGAGCAUGGAGUUGUUCGGUGAGCGCGAGACUUUAUCUGCGGACAUGCAAGAUGAUGCAUUUUUAGCCAGAGUCGAGCAGGAGUUUUUGGACGCUGUAUACCGAGUUAAAACCGGGGUGAUGCGGCACAACGCCUUGCGUCGGUUGGCUGUGGAGUUGAAACAAAAAAUGGACGGAACAGAAGCAAACUUUGCACCGUUGGUUUUGACUGAGCUCUACAAAAAAACGUUGUCGUCCGCAGACAUCCUUGGAACCAGUCUCAAUAUUCGCCGCCUGUAUGCCCCCUGGGAUGACGAACGAUCAUCGAUACCACAGACACGGGGAAGCACAGCCCGCGGUAGAGGGCGAUCUAGGGCCUCACGACGAACAACGUCAACAAUUUUGACCUCUGAUUCAAUGUACAAGAAACACGUGGCUGAAGUUUAUAUACCGGAAGUGGCAUCUCUAGCCCGAUUUUUGCGUAUUGGUCAUGUGAAUAAAGGAAGGCAUGAAAAAAAGAAAAAGGUGAAGCAAACCAAAGGAUUUCAGGAACCACAACCGAUACUUUUGGCUAUGUGUGCGUCGUAUGAGACCACAUAUAUAAAAUAUCAAAAACAUCUUGUGAAACUGUUAGUGGAGGCGGCAAAGAUGCCAGAAGCUCACUGUACAGAUUCAAUUGAGGACGCGGAGACGGAAAUCCAACUAGAGGUUAACGGUGAGGUGGGAAGGACGUUAUCUAACUUUGCACCCGUUGGGAUUUUUUCCCGUUCUAUCGACAGCAGCGUCCUUGAUCCUGCUCAAGGUGUGGGGGAAGAGAGAGACAACCUUGUUGGUCUACCCAAUGUGUUUGGGGAGUCGGGGGAUACACAUGUGAAGAAACAGGCAAUGCCACAGGAGAGAAAAUAUGUGGUUGACGGGCUUGUUUCGGUGCGUCAAGUGCAUGCUGGAUGUGCAGCAUUGAGUCUGAUGUAG